GUGCCACAGGGACUACUAAAGAUGUAGCAGAAGAAUCUGUAUCAGAUGAUGACAAAAGGAGGAACUAUGGUGGGGUGUACGUUGGCUUGCCGUCGGACGCGGCUCCUAUGGUUUCCAGUCAGACGAAAGCUGCACCAAAAG